AAAGCUUUCGCCGCAGUGCCUCAGUGUGGCGGCUCGUGAAUCGUGAAUGAAUCUGGUGCAGGUGUUUCGUGUCACUUGUGGAGUGGAGUGUGCGUGGAGUGGCCACCGCCCCAGAUCGGCCUCGGGACCUCGUGCUAGUCGCGUUAGGAAACGCUACAUUGUCCAAACAAACGAAAAACAUGAUGCAACGUGGGCCUUAUCGCGGCCCCACGAUAAGGGCGGCCCGUCGGUGGUGUUGGUGGCACUGGUCACUGGCGGUCGUGGUGGUGGUGUGGGGGGUCUGCACGGCCACCGGGCAACCGUGCCCGGUGCGUGAGUCGGUAGAUAUCACCAACGGUACCGAGGACUCCGCCGGAAGGAUCGAGCACGAGGGCGUUCUGUAUGGUCCUUCGGAGCACUUCUGGGAUGGAGGCGUUCGGCGUGGAUGUGUUUGCCUGGUGCGUCAGUGUAUCCAUAUUUGCUGUCCCGGUGGGCCCUGUACGGUGCAGGAGCUGAAUGUAAACGUCUCGGAACCGCUCGACGGUGCCUCGUAUCGGACGGUGGACCUGGCGCAAGAUCCCGGUCGCUAUCACAUGCUCUACUCGUUGCCGGAGUGCGACGGUACGCUGCUGUCGCUCGAUUGGAACGAAUAUGUGCUGAGACCGGACAGCACACUGGCGUACGGAUCGUCGGUCUACGAGUACCGCCAGUACUGCCUCCAGACGGAAGGACCCGAGGGCCUGGUUAACGCCGGGUACUGCGAAACGGUCGACGCGCUGGCGUUCCAUCGGAUGUACUCGAUCGGCAUCAUCGUGUCGAUUCCGUUUCUGCUGGCCACCUUCCUGGUGUACGCGAUCCUACCGGAAAUGCGCAACGUCCCGGGCAAGUCGCUGAUGUGCUACGUUGGCUCCCUCAUCGUGUCGUACGUGCUGCUGGCCUUGAUGCGCUUCAACGUUUACGGGUACCGGUCGACGCUCUGCUUCGUCACCGGGUACGUGGUGUACUUUUCCCUGCUGGCCAGCUUCUUCUGGCUCAACGUGAUGUCGUUCGAUAUCUUUUGGACGUUCGGAGGGAGUCGUGGACGGACGAGCGAACGGCGCCGGUUCCUGUACUACUGUCUGUACGCCUGGGGCACUCCCCUGGUGAUCCUGUCGUUCGUCCUGCUGGCCGACAACACGGACUUUCUGCACGAAGCGAUACGGCCCCAGAUCGGCACCAGCCGGUGCUUCGUCAAGGAGGAGAUGCUGAUUGGCUUCCUGUACAUGUACCUGCCGCUGCUGGUGCUCGUCGGUGCCAACGUGCUGUUCUUCGCCAUCACGGCCAUCCGCAUCUUUCGUAUGGAACAGGCUACGGCCGCCGCCCUGUCGGGUGAUUCGAGGCGCCACGCCAAGUACGAGAAGGAUCGCAAUCGGUUUAGCCUCUAUUUGCGCCUGUUCACCAUCAUGGGUGUGACCUGGACGGUGGAGAUAGUGACCUGGCUCGUCGGCGGCGAAUCGUGGCUGGUUUACGCGCUCGACAUCUGCAACCUAUUCACCGGCAUCGUCAUAUUCGUGCUGUUUGUUUGGAAGCAGAAAGUGAAGACCCUGUUGCUGCAGCGAUUCACCACCCGGGAGGAGUCGAGGGCACGCGGUGAGCACCAGACGAACAACAGCACUAUCAGCACGACACGAUCGACGGAAGUGAAAUUCGGCCCUAACCCCACCAACGUUCCCCUAACCGACAUGACUCACAUCCAGCUGACAGAAGGAAUCGCCGAUGAUAGUUGUCCCGCGGAGGACAGGAUCGACCUCUCGGAAGGGAUCAUGGAUCGGAGCGGUGCGAUCCGAUACGGGGCAGGUGUCUAUCAACCGGACAACUACAACGUAACUGACGGCCAGCAGCAGCAGUACUACAGCUGCGUUUGCUCACGACGGGUCUGUAUCUACGUGUGCUGUUACCACAUCGACCGGACCAGCUGCGAAGAGUCGGAUCUGCCCUUGAACCGAAGCUGGACACCGAGCGGCCAGCGUUCGGCGGAAGUGGACGUGAAAGGAAGCGCGGGCUAUUGGUUGAUCUACGCGACGCCUCCCGCUUGGAACUACACUCCCGGAUUCGCGUUGCGCAUUUCCGGCUACGAAGGUGAACUGAACGACGAUGGCAGCUUCGCGUACGGCUCGAACGUGUACCCCCGUCGGUCGUUCUGUGUUAAUCCGGGCUCAGAGCCGACCCCCUUCGUGUGGAUAAAGGAAGCACCGGAACAGAUCGAUGUGCAUCAUUGGCAUUCGUUGGGUAUGAUCAUAUCGGUACCGUUCCUGGUGGCCACACUGCUCGUCUACCUAGUGAUACCGGAUCUUCGCAACAUCCCCGGGAAAUCGCUCAUGGCCUAUGUGGUUGCCCUUACCAGCAGCUACGUGACCUUGAUCCUCAUCAAGCGCAGCAUAAUCGACCGAUCGCCCGAGUGGUGCACGGCCAUCGGGUACCUCUGCUACUAUUGCCUCAUGACCAGCUUUUUCUGGCUCAACCUGAUGGCAUUCGACAUCUACUGGACGUUCGGAGGACGACGCCGGUCCACGACGGACCGUGGCAAGUUCUACCUUUACUGCUGCUACGCGUACGGUGUUCCUUUGGUGUUCUUGGCCUUCGCCCUGGUGGCCGACAACACUGAGCUACUGCACUCCAAGAUCCGUCCAGGGUUUGGCGAUGGCCAAUGUUUGUUUCGGGGUACCAAGCUCACCGUAUUGAGGACACCCUCUAUAAACUUCUCUCUACCACGUGCAGCUGAGACGUUGAUCUCUCUGCUGUACCUUUACCUACCGCUAGGAUUGGUGGUCAGCAGCAACUUGUUCUUCUUCAUCAGCACCGCCGCCAAGAUUAACCACAUCGAGCGCUCGACUGCAGCCGCCCUACAGGGAGACUCCGGGCGCCACAGCAAAUAUACAAACGAACGGAAUCGCUACGGACUCUACGUUCGAUUGUUUGUGGUGAUGGGUGUCACUUGGAUGUUUGAGCUCAUCACCUGGGUGGCCGAUUCUCACAACUGGUUGGUUUACGCGACGGAUAUUUGCAACUGCAUCAGCGGGGUGUUCAUAUUCUUCCUGUUUGUCUGGAAGCGCAAAGUGUUGAUGUUGCUGCAAGAGAGGUUAAGUAGAGUGGCGGCUGUUGAACGGCGAAGGUCCGCUAGGGCUAAUCUGUAUCGGUUUUCACCUUGCAGGCUUAAGGGAAAGCAGGUCCGGAAGCAGGUUCAACCACUGUUUUCCGUGACUGCCACCAAAACGACCAGCUUGACGCAGACUGCCUCCGCACCGAAGAUGGAAAGCUCGAGUAACUGA